CGCGCCCCCCCCACGACAGGGAGGGGCGUCGCCCCCGCCCCGCUACUGCACACCCUCCUCUACCGAUCCCCGCUAGGGAGGGGCCCAUACGUCGGGGGCGUUCUGCGUCCGCCCGCGGCGGCGUGCCCCACCGGGCCUCUCCUGCAGGGGGUGCCCCUGUGGCGCCCCUCCCCUCCAGGAUACCGCGUCUGGCUCGAGGCGCUGCGUCCGCCGUCCACGGCCAUGCGCCUCCGACGGGGGUUCCUCACCCCAGGGGGCGGCGUGCGCAGUCGGGGGGUGUCCGUUCCGCACCUCCUCGCGGCCGGUCAUCUCCCGCUAAUGUGGAUACGGAGGGGUCACAUGCCUACAUUGUGCCUCCUCCCGCCAGUAGCGAUGACGGUUCAGUUUCUCCUCCGGUGGCCAAUACGCGAGAUCGGAGAAGAUCGCGGCGGGAGCAAUUGGCGCGGGAUUUCUCCCUGCGGGACGGCGAUACCGUGACGCCCGACAGUGAGGGAUCAUCGGGGUCCUUGCUCCCAACGGGGGGUUUACUAUUCUCCCGUAGGGAACACGACCCGCGUGGCGGCUCUGAAGUUCCUACGCAGGCCACGGCAGCGGCACCCUUGGUGGACCCCACUGUUCUGUCCGCCAUUUGUGCGGCUGUUGUGUCGGCAGUGGCGCCCUUGUUAUCCCCCGUACCCGGGGGACUUGGGCGGUCCUCCACUUCUUUGGCGGAUAGCAUUGCGCAAGCUCUUGCCCCGCUUCUGUCCUCUGGCGCGACCGUUCCCCCGCCUGCCCCGCUCCCGGCUGCGGCAAACUCGGUGGAGGAGCGGGGAAACCAUGUCUCUUUUGUCCCCCCAGCCGCGGACGUCAGGAGAGAAAUGGAGUCUGUCGGCGCUUCCGCGAGUCGACCAGUGGCCGUCGAGACGGACGGUGUUCCCUCUCGUGCAGGUCAUCCACCCGGAUUGGAGGAGUUAGCACACAGAUCGUUGGCCCCUGCUACGUUUGCGGCCUAUCGUGCCGCCUGGGAACGGUGGAGUCGCUUCCUCAUGGAGCGAGGCCAGAGUGGUAAGACCUCUCACACUUUACUCUUAGAAUAUAUCUGGAUGCUGUACUCCGACGGGAUUUCGCGGGCGUCUGUUAACAGGAUUCUGGCGGGUAUAUCAUACUUUCUGCAGCUGCGGGGGGAAGCGGAUUUUACGAAGUCCUUUUUCCUCCGGCGGGUGUUGAAAGGUUGGGCACGGGCGUCCCCGCCCCUCCCAGAUACUCGUCUGCCGAUCACUGGGGCUUUGCUGCGGCGGAUUUUGGGAUCCCUCCGGAGUAUUUGCUCCUCGGGAUACGAAGUUCGCCUCUUCAUGGCGGCCUUUACGAUGGCCUUCCACGGCGCGUUCAGGGUGGGCGAGCUGGUGGCCGUCUCUCGGACUUCUGCCUCGCCCAUGCUGGCGGCCCACGUCGUCAUACGUCCCGACGGUUUGUGGUGCAGGAUUCAGCGCUCCAAGACUGACGUAGCCGGCAGGGGGCAGUGGGUUCGAAUGGGCCGGGCCAGUUCGCGGGGCAUUUGUCCGGUUUCCGCGGCCCUGGCUUAUUCGUCCCUUCGGCCUCCAACGCCCACUGGGUGGCUCGUCCAUAGCGAUGGGUCCCCGUUGACCAGAUAUCAAUUCCGGUCGGUUUUGGGGCGUUGUAUCUUGUACCUGGGUCUAUCUCCGGCCGACUAUGGGACUCACUCUUUCCGCAUCGGCGCGGCUUCAGCAGCUGCUGCGGCGGGUUGGUCCGAAGUCGAAGUCCGGGCACUGGGUAGGUGGAGGUCUGGUGCAGUCAGACGCUAUAUCAGGCCUUUUCCUCCCAGUGCACCCAUUUGAGGACUAGCCGCUCGUCGCAACUGCAUUUUGCGGUUGUGGGGGCCUUGAGGAAUUUUUGUUUUAUCGUUGGUUUUACUACGGCUUUUGCCGGCUAACGAAGUUUCGUUUUUGCCUCAAGUCAAAUUGGGUGGCCCAACCCCCCCCCCCCCCCCCCC